AACAGCUCACUCGCGGUCAAUUAAAUAGGAAAUGGCGAAUCUUGUCCUAAAAUAUUCUGUAGCUGUGGGGCUGUUGUUAACCAGCUAACAUGCGCAACAUGGUAUAAUAUAGUGAUUGAUUAAAAGUAUUGUGAAUAAACACUGGUGUUAUGGCUUACAAUGGAAGAAAAUUUUUUGAAAAGGAAACUAUUGAGGAGAAAACUCGCAAGUAUACUCGUCCAUAUCCAAUUGUGACAUCACAACUACGCACCUUGCAACAAAGUUUGUUUGCACCUCCAGUCUUAAGAAGUCCUAUUCAUAUGCAAGUUCCAAAUCAAAUUAUACCAGUAUCUUUUCAUAUGCGAGGGCCAAUGCAAGUGGUUCCUCAACAACAAAGUAAUGUGUUCAGUAGAAAAAGACGGCAAGACAAUACACAAAUAACUUUUUCAGGAAGUAAUAGCUCUCCAAAUAAACGACGGAAACCCUUACCAACAGAAGUUAAUCAAUCACGUAAAACAAAUGUAAAUUUUGAACAGCUCACAGAAGAGAUAAUAAAUUAUUCUGAAACACACAAACAGUCUGAUAAAAUGCUUCAAAAGAAAUUGCAUUUACGCUCUGCUUUGUUGACUCUUAUCAGAAAAAACUACCCGACUGCAAGUUUGCAUCUUGUUGGUUCGUCUUGCAAUGGCUUUGCAACUGAUUCAUCUGAUGCAGAUUUCUGUGUGAUGUUUACUCAAGAGAGAAAGGUAGACCAGAGAUAUGAAGCAUGUAUGUAUCUUCAACAUAUUCAAAGAGCAUUCCGUACAAUAUCUUCUAUCAAGCAUAUUCAGCUAAUACGAGCAACAGUGCCCAUUCUGAAGUUUGAGGAUUCUAUCAGUGGAUGCGAGUGUGACUUGAAUAUAAACAAUCCAACAGGAAUAAGAAAUACUCACUUGAUGAGAACAUACUCCAAAGUUGACGAUCGUGUUCGACCAAUGGUAAUGAUAGUUAAAAGGUGGGCAAAAGCUCGAGAUAUUAAUGAUGCUAGUGCUGGCACACUAUCCAGCUAUUCAAUCGUUUUGAUGGUCUUAAAUUAUCUUCAAAGUGGCUGCGAUCCUCCAGUUUUAAAUUCUUUACAAACGCUCUAUCCGGAUUUUUUUAAUCCAACUAAAAAUGUGGAUGAACUUCCAAUGUUUGAACCAGCAGAUUUGAUACAAUGUAACAGAUCUCGGAAUAAACAAAGUGUUGGCGAGCUGUUAAAAGGAUUCUUCAAUUACUACACAAAUAUUUUUGAUUACGAAACCACAAUUAUGAGUGUUCGGUUGGGACGUAAGUUACCGAGGUCGUCGCUUCCAGCCUGGAGAGGAAAAUGGAUAUGUAUAGAAGAACCAUUUGAUUUAACAAAUACUGCACGAGCUGUUCGAAACUAUACGUAUUAUUCGCAAAUUAUAGACGAGUUUAAGCGGGCACACAACCGAAUGAGUGUAAAAAUGUCCUUGGAUAAUAUUUUGUGACAACUGCACUGAACAGAAAUUUGUGAAAGACAACAUUGAAAGAAUGGGUAAAGAGGGUAGAAAAUAACUUCAAGAGUUAGCCUGCCGUGAAGUUUAUCACCAGUGCUGCUACGCUCUAUUGUUAUAGUGUGCUAUAUGCCUGUGUAUAUAUGUCGAUACUGGAGUUGAGUUUUUGUUUCGUGUAUCAUUCACUGGGAGAUAAAAAGAGAAGAUUUAAAUUGGACCAAUAAUAACCUUAGAAAACAAAUCAAACACAGUGAAGGGUGAUGUUUGUAAAUUUUACAGUUGUAAAUUUUGUUGUAUUUUUAAAUUUUAUAUUAUUUUAAAACAAUAAAUCAAAUAUUAAAGCAA